AUGUGCUAUGAAGCAUUGAAAAUUUUCAGCGACCGACUGGCGCGGGUGGAGCAAAAACAGACUCUGCUAAAUAUUUUGAAUGAUUCAAUAAAAGCCGAUUGGGACCUGGAAAAUAUCGCAGAUCAAGCCUCUAGGCACUACUAUGUUUCAAGAGGCGAAGCCUUAAAUAAAGCCACAGUUUUCGAGAAACUCUCCAAGAAAAAUUGGGAAAUGGAAGUCCAGCGUGGAAUAGUCCAGUUUGGAAAGGAAAGCCAGGACCUGGACACAAUAAUUAACGACGAAAUCCUAUCGCUCACUGCCGCCGUAACAAGAGCUGCGCUUAUUCCACAGUACAACUUGGUGCUGCUUGGAAAAUCAGGCCUUGGGCGCAAAACUGCCAUAAAAAUCAGCUCAGCCCUUCUUUCCAAGAGAAUCAUUCAUCCGUGCAGUGGAAGUCCUCCACUGUUCCCAAACGACCUCAAACUGGCAGUCCAAUAUGCAGGCUUAGAGUGCGAAGACGUUCUUUUGAUACUGGAAGAUUAUGUUUUCUGCACUCAGCUGAACAUGACCAUAAUAAAUUUGUUGAUGAGUGCAGGCGAGGCUCCGGAUCUCUAUUCGGACAUUGAGAUGGAUUCCUUGGUUAAAGGGUUGAAGGACAAGCUGGAUAGUGAUAAUUUUGAAGGAGAUUUGAACCAAUACUUUGCCACUAAUAUCAAAAAACAUCUGCAUGUUUUUAUUUGCCUGGAUCAGGACAGUGAGGGUCUUCGCGAUAUAAUUGUGAAGUGUCCAGCUUUGUCCCAAAAUAGUGGGCUGGUCUGGAUAGAAAAGUGGAGCGGCGAAACGAUAAAAAGCUUCCCCCAGAAGCUAAUUCAUCAGCUGGGUGGAAUCGACGCCAAUUACUCCACGAGCACUUUUGAACAAAUCUACAAAUCUUUGCCCAGUGUAACACCAACCAGAUACAUCUGCAUGGUGAAGUUGUGCUACUCAGUUUACAAAGAAAAUGAAUCGUCUAUUAAUUCCAGAAUUACCAAGCUAGAGAGUGGAAUUUUGAAAUUAACUGACGCGAAAAAUUUAGUGAGCGAGCUGAAGCACAAAGCAGCCGAACAGCAGGAGAAACUGGCGGAAAAACAGUCGAAAGCAAACUCGGCCUUAGAUAUGAUAAGCAACACUAUCAAAGGUGCCCGCUGUGGGAAACAUCAAAACCGAAUCCCUAUCAGAAAUCCGCUCUUUGCGAGCUCCGCCUGAGAUUAUCCGUGAUAUUCUCGAAGGCGUAUUGAAGCUGAUGGGCACCCAGGACACUUCCUGGAACAGCAUGAAGACAUUUCUAGCCAAACGGGGAGUAAAAGAGGACAUUCGAUCGUUCGAUGCAAGUCGAAUACAAACCGAGAACCGGCAGGCAGUGGAAAGACUCAUGAGUACGAAGAGAGAUUCGUUUGACCAAAAGUCUGCAAAACGGGCUUCAGUUGCGGCCGCUCCUCUGGCGGCUUGGGUUGAUGCCAACGUGAAAUACUCCAGGGUGUUGGAUAAAAUUCGACCACUGGAAAGAGAGCAGAACAAACUGAAGCAAAAUCUAGAUAAUGCAGAAACUCAGUUAGUUGAGCUAAAUGCCAAUCUGUCUGAUGUGGAUGCGACAGUGGCCAAAUUAAAGGAACAACUAUCGCAGUUUACAAAGGAAGCAGCGGAAAUUGAGAUUGGAUUAAACGAAGUCAAUCGGACUUUAGCGUCCGCAGAAAAUCUCGUCUACAAGUUGGAAGAUGAGUAUCAGAGGUGGCAAGAGCAGCUGAAGGAGCUUUCAAAAGAGCUGGAGGUUUUGCCAAACGACUCGCUCCUAGCUGCUGCUUUUAUAACUUUCUUGUCUGAGGAAGAGGAAAUUAACAGAAGGAACAUUCUAACGACAUGGUGCUCCUUACUGGGCAAAGAUGAGUUUGACUUGAUGGCAUUUUUUGCGUCAGAGCGUGAGCAACUGCAAUGGCAAUCUGAGGGCCUUCCAAACGAUCGGGCUUCUUUGGAAAAUGCUGUUGCUAUGAAGAAAGGGCUUUUGUCUCCGUUAGUGGUCGAUCCCAACUCAACAGCGGCGCAUUGGCUGAAGGCACAUUACACGAAAAGCAAGCAGAACUUUGAGCAUAUCGCUGCCAACUCGCCCAAGUUGAAUACAGUUCUUGAAGCCGGUAUCCGAUUUGGCAAAAUCCUUCUGAUUGAAGAACUGGAAAGUGUACCACAUCAUUUAUUCCCGAUACUUAGAAGCGAUUUUGUGGUCCAAGGGGAGCGCAAAAUGAUUCGGAUGUUCGGCAAGCUGGUAGACUGCCAUUCGGACUUUAAAGUCAUAAUGUGCAGUCGCAACGAGCGCAUUAAACUUCCGGCAGAAAUCGCCUCGUAUAUUUGCGUCCUGAACUUCAACGUCAGAAUUUGCUGGCGACGCUCAAUGAAACCAAAUCCAACUCCACUGCAGUGACUGCCGCCUUGGACGAAUCCACAAAAGUCCAAAAUGACCUGCGGAAGGAAUAUGAGAUGUUUCUGGACAUAUCUUCGUAUGGAAGCCGGCUGUAUUUCGCCUGCAGAGAGUUUGGAAACUUUCACAUUCUUUAUUCCGUAUCAGCCGGUGCAUUCAGCAGGAUAUUCCUUUUGUGCCUGCAAACCACUCAGUCUCAAGCUGAUAAUCCAGAGAUCCAGACACGGCAUUUGUUCCAAAGCAUUUACAAUUACAUGGCCCGGGGGAUGUUUAAGAGCGACAAAUUGACUUUUUUCUUACACUUGGUUUGCCGCAUGUUUCCGAUAGCGGUUCCGGAGGUGGAAAUGCGCCUUUUCCUAGCCAAUAAUUCCUAUCAAAAAUUGGGCGAGGAAAACGACUCUGAUUUGCCAGGAUGGAUUCAACCCUUUUCUGUGCCGGCAGUUCUUAACAUUAAGAAUGCUUUGCCCGAUUUGUACAAGAAGUUGCAGUUGAAUGAGACGAACCUUUGGACCAGUUUCAUGGAAUCUACACAGUGCGAGAAGGAAUUUCCCAAACACUGCCAUGCAUCAGAAUUUCAAAAGCUGCUGGUGGUACAAUGUUUAAGACCUGAUAAGCUUUUGACUUGUAUCGAAAUCUGUUGCCUACGAAUAUCAGGACUCCGAACGGUAGAUCCCCCAGUUUUAAGCGUAAGCUCCGUCCAUGCCAAAUCCAGUGCGGAAGAACCGAUUUUAUUAAUCACAACCUCUGGAAUGGAUCCUUCAGUUGAAAUAAGCGAUUUAGCCAGGCAACUUAAUCAUCCCUUUGAAGAGAUAUCCAUGGGAGAAGGAAGUGAAGCUAAGGCUCUGACCAGUCUGGAAAAAUGCAGACAAUCGGGAAAGUGGCUAAUAUUGAAGAACUUACAACUGGUAACCUAUUGGCUUUCUGUACUCGCCCAAAAUCUGAAAAGUAGCCACUGCUCGGACAAAUUCAGAUUGUGGCUCAUUACGGAAUCUACUACAAAAUUCAAUGCAGUAUUGGCACAAAAUUGCUUAAAAAUCGCCUAUGAAGAGCCGCAAGGAAUCGGGAACAACAUGCAACGAAUCUACGCAUCGUUGGGAGAACAGUAUGAAAAUAAAUUGAGUCGAACUUCUGCCCGAAUAUUCUUCGUGUUUUCCAUGCUGCAUGCGUUGCUACAAGAACGACGGAAAUACAUACCGCAAGGCUGGUCGAAGUACUACGAAUUCAAUCAUACAGAUAUGCAAACCGGGCUGAAUUUAACUGAAGAUCUGUGGAACGUGGAUACAACUCGGGUUCAAUGGCAAUUUAUCACUGGGUUGUUAAGCGAGGCUGUUUAUGGAGGAAGAAUAGAAAACGUUGAUGAUACGAACAUCUUGGAGACGUACUUGGCCAUGUACUUUAAAGACGAGAUUUUAAGCCACAAAUGGAGGCCGUAUGGGCUGAACGUUAAUUUACCCAACAGCGGCCAAAACAAGGAAUAUUGUCAAGUCAUUAAAGGGUUUCCCAACAAAUAUCCUCCGUCUAUGUUUGGGCUGCCUGAAAAUAUUGAUAAAGCCCGUGAAAAGCAAAUGUCUUCGACUUUAAUCCAGCAGCUGAAGAGAUUUUACCAAAAGCACACUGCCAAAACACCUACAGCCGGUAUGAACUUCAAGCUUCUGCAUCCAUUUUUCAUUUUAUGGAAGAAGGUCAACCAGGGCCACGAUUUUAUACGACUGAGCUUGCCUGGGGGAAGGAAAAGCGCUUCUGCCCUCGAAUCGUACGUGUAUGAGGAAUACUCCAAGGGCGUAACGCUAAUACAGAUGAUCCAUAAGGAUUUUGCGAAUUUCAACAAAAUCUCAAAAGGUCUGCAGGAAGCAGAACCAAAUGAAGUACUGGCGGCUAACAGCCUUGGGGAAUCACAAACACCUACAGCCUGGAUUCACUUUUGGAAUGGCCCAAAAGACCCCACUCAGUAUUUGACUGAGCUUUUGCAGAAAACCGAUCACUUGUCCAUAUGGAAUUCGAAAAGCAUUGAAGAACUGCUCAAGCAGCCUGUAAAGUUGUCCAUGUUCUUCAGUCCGGAUACUUUCCUAGCAUGCUCCAAACAGGGAUUUGCCAGGUUUUCGAAUGUGCCUUUGGAAGAAUUAGUGCUUCAAACUAGCUGGACUUCUUCAAGCAAUCAUGCACUCAUUUUGUCUGGCAUUCUCAUCGAAGGCGCUUUACUCGAGAACGGGGUUUUAGUGGCAUGCAAAAGUAACUCGGAAAGCAUCAAUCUGACGCCAAAUUGCUACCUAAACUGGACUGAGAAGGAUAAAUUGCCGCAAGACAAUUUUGCAAAAUUUCCGCUAUACACCGACUCCAGCAGGGAAUCGAAGAUAACACACAUUCAAGUGGAAUGCAGUGCUAGUUUAAGAGAUCAAUAUGUGCUUAGUGGACUUGCAUUUUAUUUGAAACAUUAGUUCCAGUUAAAAAAACAUUUCUAUUGGAA